GCUCCCCGCCCACUAAGCUAAGCGACUGUGUGUGUGGGUCGUGCUUCGUCACCCGUUUUUCGCGAACAAAGCACGACCCACAGGCACAAGCCAGCUAGCUGCACAUGGUGCAUGGUCACACUCCCACUAACUCGCACAUUGCUCACAUGGAUCGGGCAACAGAACAGUGAGUGGAGGCAGAGAAGUAUCAGUCAGUCAGACAGACAGACGGACAGACGGAGAGAGGCGCGACGGACGCUGCGUUGGUUCCUUAGAAAAAAUUUGGUAUGGAGACGCAACGGUGUGCGCAGAGACACCAGUGGAUGUGUCUGUGUGUGUAUUGUGGGAAGAAAAACGCAGCGACCAGCCACACUCUUGGCGGCUCUUCAGUCAGCCAAAGACACGGACAGACAGACAGACAGACAGACAGACAGGAGGCCCUUUAGUCAGCCCAUCGCCCACUAUGGAGGGCCCCAUGUGCAUUCAUUCCCUCCCCUGUCUGCCGCUCACGCGCCCGUUUAUAACUCAACGUCACCCAGGUCGCCGCCCGACACUGCCCUGAGGGCCUCGUCGAUAUCCUCCAGGACCUCUGCCAUGUCAUCGCCCGCGUCAUCGCCCGCGUCAUCAUCCAUCGUGUCGUCAUCUGUCGUAUCGUCGUCUGUCGUAUCGUCGUCUGUCGUAUCGUCGUCUGUCGUAUCGUCGUCUGUGUCGUCAUCGGUGUCCACACCAGAGGGAGGUAGGAGCACUGCAUCAAUGACGUGGACGACGCCGUUACUGGCCAUGACCUGACAACACCAAGGGAGGGAGGGAGAACCCACACAAAUGACUGACUGUUUCAGGCCCGCCUGUCUCUCUCUGAGGUGUGUGGUGUGGCGUAUUGAUUGCUCACGUCUUCGAGCACAACCGUUGCCUGGUUCACCAUGAUUGUCCGGCGAGGAUGUUUAGACUUCCCCUCGUCGUCACGGACCGUCACCUGCACAUCCUCGCCCUGGACGGUCUCCACAUCUUGCCCGUCUUCGAGAUCCGACGCUUUAACCGCGCCACUCACGACAUGGUACGUGAGGAUCUCCGUCAGCGUAUCCUUGUUUUCGGGCUUGAGGAGGUCCUCUAAAACCCCCUCCGGCAGAGCGUCAAAGGCCUAGAGACAGGAGACGCAACACACAUGGCUAGCUGCAGUGAUAAACGGUGCAGUCAGGACAGAGAGGACAGUGCAUCUCACGUCAUUGGUGGGUGCGAAGACGGUGAAUGGGCCCUCGCCCUGAAGGGUCUCCACGAGGCCAGCUGCCUCAAGGGCGGCGACCAGAGUGCUCAGCUCAGGCGUGUCCUGGGCAACCUCGACAAUGGUGCCAGCUUCUGAAGCAGCGUGUCCACAGGCAGACAGACAAGAGAGAUAGACAAGAGAGAUAGACUAGAGAGACAAGAACAAGUCCACGCCCUGACUAGCCCCAGCUAGAAGGAAGGCCUUGCGGCCAAGGCCUCUCCUCUCUCUACAUGGCCCGCAGAGAGCGGCGCGACCCGCCAUCCUCACCAUCAUCCCCUUUGUCUCUGCUGGCGGUGGUCUUGUACUGCUGCUCGAGGGCGUAGAUCAUGAGCAGCGGCCAGUCGUCGACCUUGUCGCCCAGGCUCAGGUAGAACGUAGCCAGGAAGGUGCCAGGCUUGUACUGCGCAUAAGAAGACAGUCGCGCACGGAGACAGAGUGAGUGAGAGGGGGUGGAGGUACCUCUGAACCAACCUUCACCUGUGGGACCUACCUGUGGGAUCUCGCGCAUCUCGUCCAUGAUCAGAUUGAAAGGGAAAGGCGUUAUCAUUGACACGAUCUUCAUGUUCUUAGUCGGACCUGUGGACGGACGGACGACAGAUGGCGAUGUGCUGUGUUGUGCUGUACUGUUUUGUUGCGACAUAAGCCGACCGACUGACAAACUGACUCACCAGGGCACAUUUCGGGUUUGAUGUUGUAAGACGCGAUGAUGCUUUCCUUGUUGUCGACGCGCGCUUUCUCGUUAGGGAACUGGCCCUUCCACACGUAGCCGGGGAUGCCGGGGAUCUGCGGCAGCAGCCACUUGGCAAAGGGCUGCAGGAAGAAGUGCUGGGGAUCCCUGCGCACACACACACACAGACGAGGCCACCCACUCUUGCCCGUACGCCUGUGUUUCGUUCCUUUGUGUGUGUGCGUGCGUCUGCUCACCACAUGUUCUGAUACCUGCAGACACAGACACAUGACAUGAGUCAGUCGUGAUUGAUGUGACUCUGCGUGUCGUGUCCCUCUCCUCCCCCCUCACCAGACGAAUUUCUCUCCCUUGCACACGGUCUCCAUGAAAAGUUUACCCGCCCAGACGCCCUCCUCAAUGAAUUGAAGGAAGCGCUCAAUGCUCCCCAGCCCCAGCUUCACCAGCGACUCGAUGCUCAGGGGAUGCUCAGAGAAGAAAAUGUGGUCCAGGAAGUCCCCCCCCUCACUCUCUCCCAGCAGCGCCUGCUGAAUGGCCUUUUGCCCUUCAGGCACCAUGUCCAGGAGCUCCUUCGACACUGUCAUGUUGGCAAACCUCUCACGGAUGGCCGACACCAAGGGCCCGUCCUCGCCCUCCUCCUUCAUCCUUCUCUCGAGGCGCGCCAUCUGGCCCUCGCCCUCCUUGCGCUCGUAGUAGGCCUCGAUGUCUGGCAGGUUCUUGAUGACCCUUCCGCGCACCAUGCCCUGCGGGAAGUGGGUGGCCGAGCCGCCUUUGAACAGCUCGUACAGCUCUUCCACCGAAAACUAUGGAGGGACCACCACACAUACACACAUACACACACGUCGUCAUAUCGACGGUGGUGUCUUCCGUGAGCACGUACCUUGUCGAGUUCGUCGGGUUCGAUGCCGUCCUCUGACUGUGCUCGUGGUUCCUCCGGAGCCGCCAGGCAGGGGGCGAGCAGCAGGAGGGACGCCAGAAUCGCUGUCGCCUUCAUCUUGGUUGCUUGCACCGAUAAAACUACAGACGGACCGUGGUCGUCGAUAGAAUCGCUCCC